AUGAGAUUUUUCAGACUGGAGUUGGAGACGCCGUCGCUGGCGCCGGUGAAGAAACCAAACUCAGCUUCAUCCGACAAAUACGGCCUCAAACCCGUCCCAGUCAAGAGACAAAGUGCCCCCACAGCCCCCGGGGAGGCCCCUCUGGCCGAGAAGAAAUACAAACCCCUGAACACGGCCCCGAACGCGGCCAAGGAGAUCAAAGUCAAGAUCAUCCCCCCUCAGCCCAUGGAAGGCCUGGGUUUCCUGGACGCUCUGAACUCGGCGCCCCCCAGCCCCUUCGAGGGGAAGCCGACGCCGGAGCCCAUGGCCACCAAACCCUCGUCCCCGGAGCCCGCGGCCGCCGAGCCCAUGGACACGGAACGGCCCGGAACGCCGGUGCCGGCCAUCGAGGUGCCCGAGCCCAUGGACACAG